AUGGCUCCCAAGAUUGCUAUCGUCUUCUACUCCAUGUACGGCCACAUCCUCAAGCUGGCCGAGGCUGAGAAGAAGGGUAUUGAGGCUGCUGGCGGUUCCGCCGACAUCUUCCAGAUCGCUGAGACCCUCUCCGACGAUGUUCUGGCCAAGAUGCACGCUCCCCCCAAGUCCAGCUACCCCGUUGCCGAAGCCAACACUCUCCUUGAGUACGACGCCGUCCUGUUCGGUAUCCCCACUCGCUACGGUAACUUCCCCGCCCAGUGGAAGGCCUUCUGGGACCGCACUGGUGCUAUCUGGGCCUCCGGUGGUUACUGGGGCAAGUACGCCGGUCUCUUCGUUUCCACCGGCACCCAGGGUGGUGGCCAGGAAUCUACCUGCCUUGCUGCCAUGAGCACUCUCGCCCACCACGGUUUCGUCUACGUUCCUCUCGGCUACAAGACCGUCUUUGCCCAGCUGUCCAACCUCAAUGAGGUCCACGGUGGUAGCGCCUGGGGUGCUGGUACCUUUGCCGGUGCCGAUGGUUCCCGCCAGCCCUCUGCUCUCGAGCUCGAGGUUGCUGAGACCCAGGGCAAGGCCUUCUACGAGCACGUUGCUGCCCACAACUUCGCUUGA